AUGGCAUCUCCAAUUCCAAAGCUCAUGCGAGCCCUUAUUCAACCCAAUGCGGCCGAAACACGCCUGAUCCUUACCCAGUGCGAAGUUCCUGUUCCCGAUAAACGAGCCGGCGAGCACUUAAUUCGCGUGCAUUCCAUCGCUCCCUGCGCAGGGGAGUUACUAUGGCCAAAGAAUUUCCCCCCGCCCAAACCUAGGGAAUUGAUCCCCUGUUAUGACAUAGCCGGAACAGUGGUGGCAGCACCAGAAUCCUCGCCAUUCCGUGUGGGAAACGAAGUAUAUGCACGUACCAACUACUUUCGACCCGGAUGUGCGCGCGAUUAUGCCAUUGGCGUGGUAGAUGAGCUCGCCCACCGUCCGCAACACUUGAGCUGGGUGCAGGCGGCGGCAAUUCCUCUCUCCUCGCAAACCGCUUGGCAAGCAUUGUUUGUCCGCUCAGGGGUGGGAGGCUUUACCAGCGGAGCCUGGAAGGGGAAGCGAGUACUAGUCACUGCAGCAUCAGGCGGCGUUGGAAUUUGGGUCACGCAGCUAGCAAAACUGGCGGGGGCAACUGUUAUCGGUACCUGUGGCCCUGAAAAUGUGGAAUUGGUGCACUCUCUAGGGGCAGUCGAGGUGAUCAACUACCGAACCACGAAUUUGCGGGAGUGGGCGCAAGCGCCGGAGAAAAAGGUGGAUGUGGUAAUCGAUUGCAUUGGCAGGAAAUCUCUGGAAGAUGCGUGGUGGGCAGUCAAGACCGGCGGGAUCCUGCUCAGCAUUUUUCAGCCCCCAGAACAGGUCAAACCCGAGGAAUAUACAGGGACGGGCGUCAACAGUAUUUUCUUCGUGAUGUCGCCCAACAGGGCACACCUUGAGGAAAUCACCAAGUUAGUAGACGAAGGAAAAUGUCGGUCCGUCGUGGAUAGUGUUUGGCCAUUGGAGCAGUUUGAGGAGGCCUUCAAGCGCUUGGAUAGCGGGCAUGCCAAGGGCAAAAUCAUUUUUGAUCUGUCACUGAACAACUAG